AUGGCAAAUAAAAGAAAAAUUUGUGAAAAUUAUAGUGAUAUUGAAAGUAGUAGCGACGAAUUAGAAUUCGAAGUUCAUGGUGAACAUUACAGAAAUAACAAAGACGCUCUUGGCCGUGAUGAAGCAGACAAUAUUGAACUAAGCCAUGAAUCCGAUUCUAAUGAUAGUGAUAUAUUUCCUGCAGUACGACGACACAUACCGAGAACUGAAAGUGAUAUUGAGGGAUUUGAAAGUGAUACAGAAGGAAAUAUAGAAGACACAACAGAUUCAACUGGAAAUGACGAAUGGAUGGAUGUUUCGGAAGUGGAUAAUAUUCCAUCUCCUAUGGAUUUCGAUAUUUCACCUCGAAUUGCCGGACCACAAAUUUCCAACGAUAUAAAAGAACCUAAAAUCGACCUCAAUCGAGCCUACCACCAAAUUCCAAUCGAGCCCAAUGACAUUCCAAAGACGGCAAUAGCAACGCCGUUCGGAUUAUUCGAAUUUACGCAUAUGACAUUCGGCUUGUGCAAUGCUGCACAAACCUUCCAGCGGUUUAUGCACGAAGUUUUCCGUGGACUCGAAUAUGUGUUCGUGUACAUUGACGAUGUGUGUGUCGCCUCAGAAGGUAUCGAGCAACAUAAAGCGCACUUAAGACAAGUUUUCGAACGACUACAACAAUUUCAUCUGACAAUCAACCUUAAUAAAUGCAAAUUCGCUCAAAAACAAAUUUCAUUUCUCGGUCAUAUCGUCACAGCAGAAGGUAUUAAGCCAAUGCCGGAAAAAGUUAAAGCAAUUUCCAAUUUCCCUCUGCCAAAGAUCGCCAAGGAAUUGCGAAGAUUUUUGGCAAUGAUUAAUUUUUACCGACGCUUCCUACCUAACGCAGUAGAUCAUCAAAUACCACUGGUCAAAUUAAUCCCCGGAAAUCGAAAGAAUGACAAGACCAUAAUCAAGUGGACCGACGACUCAGUCAUUCAUUUCAACGAGUGUAAGAAACAACUAGCAAAUGCUACACUACUAGUUCAUCCAGCACCAAACGCCCAAAUAUCGUUGAGCACCGACGCCAGCGAUACCACUAUUGGCGCUGCACUUCACCAAAUCGUCCACAACGAGUUUCAACCGUUAGCAUUUUUUAGCCAAAAACUCACUGAAGCACAAAAAAGGUACAGCACCUACGACAGAGAGUUACUCGCAGUAUAUCUGGCAAUAAAACAUUUUCGCUGCAUGUUAGAAGGAAGACCGUUCGAGCUGAACUUCAUCGGUCAAUUCACCACGGAUAUUGUCCACGUUGCCGGCACUGCAAAUACGGCAGCCGACACAUCCUUGCAACUGAAGUGGAUAAGCAUACCCAACUCCGAUUUUAAAAUAUGCUGUGAUGUAGCUACAUCAGAAGUACGACCGUUCAUUCCACAAUCGCACCGUAGGAACAUCAUCGAGAGAAUGCAUAGAAUUUCGCAUGGGGGUGUGCGCGCAACAACGAAACUUAUCAAAACACGUUUCGUUUGGCCGAACAUGGGAAAACAAAUAGCUAAUGUAGUCCAACGCUGUCUAAGCUGCCAACGUACCAAGAUCAGUAGACACAUGCGAUCCCCACUACAACCAAUUUCGUUACCAUCGAGUAGAUUCGAACACAUUAAUAUCGACAUUAUCGGACCACUACCGCCAUCAGACGAAUACCAAUACUGUCUUACCAUCAUAGACAGAUACACACGUUGGCCUGAAGCAAUCCCAAUUAGAAAUAUUACUGCAGAAACAAUCGCUAAAAAACUAGUCAGCGUUUGGUUCUCACGAUUUGGUAUACCCGCACGUAUCACUACCGAUCAAGGCAGACAAUUCGAAUCACAGUUAUUCAACGAGUUAUCACGCAUGCUAGGCAUAUCACACUUACGCACAACGGCAUACCAUCCACAAGCAAAUGGAAUCAUCGAACGUUGGCACCGCUCUUUGAAAACAGCAAUUACCUGUGAUGAACGAGAUGAUUGGAUUAAUCGCCUACCUAUAAUCCUACUUGGUCUUCGUACAGCAUUCAAGCCUGACAUCGGAGCAACAGCUGCACAACUCGUAUAUGGUGCUAAUCUCCGGUUGCCAGGACAAUUUUUUCACGAUCGCCGUAUAAAUCAGCCACAAUCGGAUUUUGCCAAACAGCUCAUUGACGUUAUGAUAAAAAUACGACCAACCCAAACCGCAAAUCACGACGCCACAAAAACCUUUGUAUUCAGCAAACUGGCAGAAGCAACGCACGUAUUCCUGCGCAACGACAAAGCACGACCUGCGUUCGUACCAACAUACGACGGACCAUAUCAAGUUAUCUCCAAACACCCGAAAUAUUUCACCAUCAAAAUCAACAACCACAACAAAAGUAACAUUUCCAUAGACCGACUAAAACCACCCUUUAUCGAAACACUGCAAUCGGAUAUCCAACCACCGAAAAUGUCAACGCAACAAAAUCCAGACAAAUCGCAAACAACAACAUCACCAUCGAACCAGACAUCUACAAGCAAUCCGCCUACAAACCGUAUCGGACGAGAAAUAAGACUUCCCGUACGUUUCAGAACGUGA